CCUUCUUUCCCCUCUUUUUCUUCGUCUCAUUCCUCCCCGUCCUCUUCCCAGGCCGCGUCGGAGAGGAAAGAGAGAAACCCUAGGGCUCGUCGGUGGAUCGCUGGCGAAUCCAUUCCACCGAUCUCCGAUUCUAUUUGCUUGAUUCCUCCUCCGAUCUCUUGUCCCCCUCUGCGACCCGUUCUUGGUCGGAUCUGGGUCGCCAAGAUCAUCGACUCCCGAGGUUUUCGAUAGGAGAUACUGUCUGAUUUCCUUCAUAUAUACUGUGGAAACUUCUAAGAACAACUGGUUAGGUUCUUUUGGAUUGCUUACAAAAGAAAAUUCAAAGAAGGCUGCUGAAAGAGGAAGUGUUCUUGAUCAACAAGGAUCAUGAAGAAAGCUUUUGAUCAAACUGUCCGGGACCUAAAACGGGAGGUGAACAAGAAAGUUCUGAAGGUCCCCAAUAUAGAGCAGAAGAUUCUUGAUGCAACCAGCAAUGAGCCUUGGGGACCACAUGGAUCGCUUCUGGCAGAUAUUGCACAGGCAACCAGAAACUAUCAUGAAUACCAGAUGAUCAUGAAUGUGAUAUGGAAGAGGAUCAAUGACACAGGAAAAAACUGGCGGCACGUUUACAAGGCACUGACUGUUUUGGAGUACCUUGUUGCACAUGGAUCUGAACGCGUGAUUGAUGAAAUGAAGGAGCAUGCAUACCAAAUAUCAACUUUAUCAGACUUCCAGUAUAUUGAUUCAAGUGGAAGGGAUCAGGGAAACAAUGUUAGAAGGAAAUCCCAGAGUCUUGUAGCUCUAGUGAAUGAUAAAGAAAGAAUACAGGAAGCUCGGCAAAAAGCUGCUGCUAACAGGGACAAAUAUCGAAGUACGUUUUCAACUGGUAGACCUGGUUCACAUGGAGGCUAUGGUGAUCGUUAUGAUGAUGAUCGUUCUGCUAGUAGAGAUGAAGACCGAUAUGGUAAUGGAAAGGAAAGAGAAUGGGGAUAUAGAGAUGAUGACAAAUAUGGUAGAGGUCGGGACUCUUAUGGCGGAGAGGGGGAUCGAUAUGGUAGGUCUGCUGAUGAACGUUCUGGCAGAGAUGGUUACAGAGAUGAUGACUAUAGAAGAGGUCGUGGAAAUGAUGAUUAUCAGUAUGGUUCAAGAAAUAGGAGCCUCAGCAGAGACCGUUCCCUUGAUGAUGAUGACCGCUCAUCUCGAAGUGGAGGCGGCAGAGCUGACAAUCUUCCUCAUGAUGAAAGGCAGCUGGACCGUAGGCUUUCUGAGCAGAGUAUUGGUGCACCACCAAGCUAUGAAGAAGUUGCAAAAGAUGCUCAAAAUCAUGUAAAAGAAGAUAGAAAUGAAAGUGAUUUCACAGCAGCUGCGCCAAAAGCAUCUUCGCCAUCAGCUCCUAGAGCAAACUCUUCUUCAGAAGGUAGGAACCAAACUUCUUCACCUUUUGCACCAGCAGCAAGCUCUCCUUUUACAAACCAAGGCUCAGGCCAUGCUCCGGCUGGUGUAUCUGCAUCAACAAACAACAAUGAUAACGGUUUUGAUGAGUUUGAUCCACGUGGUAUGGCAUCAGCUGCUCCACCUGCUGCGGGUAGUCAUGAGAUGGACUUAUUUGGAUCAGCAUCAGCAUCAGAUCCUAUUUAUUCUCUGGCAUUGGUGCCAUUGACUACAACUAACAGUGGUACUGAAGCUGAUCUUCCUGCAAAUUCAAGUUUUGCGACAGAUUUUGUUGCUGCAUCAUCGGCAUCUGCUGUAUUCAGCCAGGCUGGUGAAAAUCCUUUUGGGGAUCCUCCUUUUAUAGCUACUCAAGAAAAUUUUCCCAAUCAGCAAGAGAUUUUUCCACCAGUCUCUUCCUUCAAUUCAAUUUCAUCUGGAGGUGCUGAAAUUCUUGCACCUGCAGCUCCCAAGAUUGAAACAACCACAAGCUUUGACUUUGAUGGCUCUUUUGGUGGUGUUACUUACAAUCCUGUAUCGGAUGGUCAACAAAGCUCUUUUGCUGGUCCUGCUAUGUUAACUUCAGAAGCACCUGUGACCCAGCCGAAUAAUAUAUCAGGUAUGCUUGCCCCACAAACAGGAUUCACGGCCUCAGUAAUUCCGCAGGAAUCCCGGGUAGCAACAACAGAUGUCCUGGGCAACCCUCUUCUACAGUCAGGUCCACCAGCUAUUUUUGCAUCACAGGUGACUCAAUUUACUGCACAGGAGGCUCGUCCUAUUGCUCCAACAAAUCCACAGACCACCCAGCCGAACCUUCUUUCACAGUCUGGCUUGCAGGCUCCUCCUAUGGAAGUGACCGCUUCUACAUCAUCUUUGACACCCGUGAAAGCUGUUUCUUCAAAAGAUAAGUUCGAGACCAAGUCAACGGUGUGGGCUGACACAUUGAGUCGAGGACUAGUCAAUCUGAACAUAUCUGGAUCUAAAAUUAAUCCUCAUGCGGAUAUUGGAAUUGACUUUGAUUCUAUAAAUCGGAAAGAGAAAAGGAAAGAAGAGAAGAAGGUAUCUGCAACCCCAAUAUCUACAACCACAAUGGGCAAAGCUAUGGGAUCUGGUUCUGGCAUUGGCCGCGCCGGUGCAAAUACCCUCAUCCGCCCCGCCAAUCCCACCAUGGGCAUGGGCAUGAUGGGUGGUGUUGGUAUGGGAAUGGGCAUGAUGGGUGGUGGUGGUAUGGGAAUGGGCACGGUGGGUAAUGGUGGUAUGGGAAUGGGUGGUUACGGUGGCAGCAUCAAUCAACCUAUGGGCAUGGGAAUGCCGCCACGACCGCCGAUGGGAACCCCUAUGGGUGGAACUGGUAUGCCUGGGGUCGGAUACAAUCCCAUGAUGGGUAUGGGCAACUAUGGUUCGCAGCAACCAUAUGGAGGUGGAUAUAGGUAAGGAGAUCCUCAUUCCAAGAAAUAAUUAGACUGUAUGGUGUAACUAGUUGAUACCAGCAUCAUCGUAUUUGCUAUCUUGGUUGGAGAUGUAUCUGCUGAUGUGUUUGAUAAUGGUCUUGGUAUUUCAAACAUUACUAGUGGUCUCGUUGUACAUGAGUCGGUCAUUGCUCUGUUGUAGCCGUCACAUGGGUGAUGUAUGGGGUUAUAUUGGUCGUAGAGUGACUCCUUUUUUGUGAAUUUUGGAAGAAGAUUUGUUUCAGCAUUCAUGCUGAAUAGGAAAAUAAAGAUUCAUUAUUAGUAAUUUCACAAUGAAAUAUUUGCUCUAGUACUA